AUGAAUAAAGUGAACAAUUGGAGAUGCACUGUUGGAGUGCAAGCAACCCCUGGCCUGGGGCAGCGAGUAGAGGGUUGUGUAUACAGAAAAACCCCUGUGAAGAGAAGGGCCAGAGUUGAAACUGGAGUAUGUGGGAAGACUGUACUUUUGAGAACACCGAAAAAGCUUGAGACUCCCAGGAGGAAGAGAGUGAGGGCUUCCACUGUCCAAGAGAUGCAUCUUAAAGUGCCAAUGCCAGUAGUUAAUGGGUUAGUACCCUCAGGAAGCUCUCUAGUCGUGAAAAGCAAUCCUCUGUACACUGGAGGCCAGCAAGGAGUUGAGAGUACAAGUCAGAUGCAUAUGCAAGGUACACGUAUACAGAAUGAAAACCCGGAGAGUCAGAUGUCCGUCCCAUGUGAUGGAGCCAGAAACCCAACAUUUUAUGGCCAACGCAAAAACAUCAGGAAGACAAAAGAACAAGAAAUGAUUACUGCCAUCGUUGACCUUGUACAGUAUGGGGAGAGAUUUGAAAAGAAAACAAAAACCAAGUCAAUUGUGAGAAAGGCAAAAACAGUACUGGGGAGACGUAGAAAGUCCUCACGACUGGACAUCACUAAACUGAAGUCGCCUGACAGAAAGGGAGCAUUCUUUUUACGCCCAAGGCAAAGAAGUACCACUCGAUCGCCUUAGAUUUGUAACUUGUUUUAUAUAGCUAUUAUACAUGUUUAUAUUAUAUGUAUUAUUAUGAACUAGCUGUUUCACGUAAGUUAGCCAUAACUUUUUUUAGGGUAUAUAGUUUGGUAACAAAUAUUAUACAAACAUCAUAA